ACUGUACAUCCGAUCCCUAUGAAACCUUCAUUCACGACCACUCCCUAAAUUCUACACCCGGAGUCCAUCCGACACGUCAAGAUGGUUCAGGGCAAAUCGACCAAGAAGUUCGAGAAGAAACAUCUGAAGGAUGUCCUCAAGAACCGCAAAAGCUUCGCGAAAAUCAAGCAACGCCAUCAGCUCUCCGACAAGAAAAAGGCCAAGCGGGCAAAGGAUGCCGCGAAUGGCGAGGAUGACGAGGCCAAGCAGCACGAUGCCGCCGCGAAUCAGGCUUUUGAGAACAUGACCGUGGACGAGUUCUUCCAGGGCGGGUUCGAGAUCCCCGAGGCGCCGAAGAAGAAGAAGGGUUCAAAAGACAAGUCGCCGCUUGGGAAACGGAAGCGAGACCAACCAGUCGAAGAUGAGGAAGCGGACGAAUCAUCGGAGGAAUUCUCCGACGACAUGGGAUCUUUGCAGGAUGAGCCGGUCCAAGACGAGAGCGCAUCGGAAGAUGGGUCCGCGCCCGAUGAGGACAUGGACGACCACCAAGAUCAGCUGGAGGCGCUGAAGACCAAGGAUCCGGAGUUCUACAAAUUCUUGCAGGAGAAUGACACCGAAUUGCUAGAUUUUGAGAAGAGCCAACUCGGCGAGGACGAGGACGACGAUAUGGUUGACGAAAGCGCCGCUGCCGCUGCCGGGGCGGAGGAAGAGGGGGAGACCACCGGACAAGAAGAGCUGACACAAGCGACUUUGGACAAGUGGAAAACAGCCUUGAAAGAGAAGAAGUCGCUGCGCGCGGUGCGAGAGAUCACCGUCGCGUUCCGAGCGGCAGCACAUCUGAACGAGGAGAACGGGAAGGUCUACCGAUACUCGAUCACGAACUCGGAUAUAUAUCACGACCUCCUGGUCACGGCAUUGAAGGAGAUCCCCCCGGUCCUCGAGCACCACAUCCCCGUCACCGAAGCGAAGAACGGCAAAACCCGCGUCGACAUGAACUCGAAGCACUUCCGAUCGCUGACCGCGGUGCUGAAGUCGCACAUGAUGGCGAUGCAGCACCUGAUGCAGAACCUCUCGGACGCCGCGACGUUACGCCUGACCGUGUCUUCCGCCGUCCCGCUGCUGCCGUACAUCCUGACAUUCAAGAAGGUCGUCCGCGAGAUCGUCCGCACGAUCGUGGACAUCUGGGCCGAUGCGUCCAACGCCCAGGCGACGCGGAUCGCCGCAUACCUCGUCCUCCGCCGGUUGACUGUCAUCGGCGACCCGGGCACGCGGGACGACGUGCUCAAAACGGUGUACCAAGGCCUGGUGAAGGGCAGCCGCAACACGACAGUGCAUACGCUCCCGGGCAUCAACCUCAUGAAGAACUCGGCGUCCGAGCUCUGGGGCAUGGACGCCAGCGUCGGGUACACGACGGGCUUCACUUUCAUCCGUCAGCUCGCGAUCCACCUGCGCAAUAGCAUCAAGCAGAACGCCAACGACUCCUACAAAGCCAUCUACAACUGGCAAUACGUGCACUCCCUCGACUUCUGGUCGCGCGUCGUCGCCGCCCACUGCAACCCCCUCGCCCCUACCUCCGACGCCACCGACGCCCCUCUCCGCCCCCUUAUCUACCCCACCGUCCAACUCACCCUCGGCGCCCUUCGCCUCAUCCCCUCCCCACAAUACUAUCCCCUCCGCUUCCAUCUCCUCCGCUCCCUCCUCCGCAUCGCCGCAUCCACCAACACCUACAUCCCCCUCGCCCCCGCCCUCUACGAGGUCCUCAACUCCCCCGAACUCCGCAAGCCCGCCAAGGCCAGCACCCUCAAGCCCCUCGACUUCGACGUCGCCAUCCGCGCCCCGAAGACCUACCUCCGCACCCGCACCUACCAGGACGGCGUCGGUGAGCAGGUUGCCGAGCUCCUCGCCGAGUCGUUCGCGCCGUGGUGCACGAGUGUCGCGUUCCCGGAGCUUGUCCUCCCUGUCACGGUGACCGUCAAGCGCUGGCUGAAAGACGUCGGCAAGGGCAGUUCGGGGAACAAGAACGGCAAGGUCAACAGCCUGGUCAGCAUCGUGGUGCAGAAGCUGGAGGCGAACGCGCGGUGGAUCGAGACGCGGCGGGCGAAGGUGGAGUUCGCGCCGAAUGAUCGGGCCGGGGUGGAGGGAUUUUUGAAGGGGAUAGAGUGGGAGGGGACACCGUUGGGGGCGUAUGUGGCGGGUCAGAGGAAGGGGAAGGAGGAGAGGCGGAAGGUGGUGGAGAAGGGGAGGAAGGAGGAGGAGGGGAGGAGGAGGAGGGAGAAGGAGGUGGAGAGGAGGGAGAAGAUGGUAGAGGCGGAGGGGUUUGGGGAGAGUGAGGAGGAGGACGAAUAG